ACCAAUACUUUGAUAACUCACUGCUCCCGAGAGGGCGGUUUCGCUUGGUUGGAGCGUACAUGGAAGAAUUGGAGGGAGCAUUGAGUGAAAAAGGCUUGAAAUUUUCAACUCAUCCACAAAAGGGCCGCUGCCUUUUUACUACCCGAGAUUUUUCUCCAGGGGAAGUAAUCAUCAGCCAAGAGCCGUAUGUUUCUGUUCCCACGAAAACCAAGAGUGAACCAUUGCCGAAAUGUGAAUGGUGUUUUACAUCCUCCAAUGUUAAGAAGUGUUCUUCCUGUCAAGUGGCUUAUUAUUGUGGCCAAUUAUGUCAGAAGUCAGACUGGAAGUUGCAUCGACUUGAAUGCCAAGCACUGUUGAAAGUUGAACGGGAUAAGAUAAAAUCCCUUGCACCAACGAUAAGAUUGAUGAUCAAACUGUAUAUCAGGAAAAAGCUGCAGAGUGAAAAUAACAUCCCAACUACUGUCAUGGACAACUACACUCUGAUAGAAGCUUUAGUUUCUCACAUGGCUGAUAUUGAUGGGGAGAAACUAGUGUUGUAUGCUCAGAUGGCAAACCUUGCAAAUUUGAUUCUCCGUUGGACUGGUAUCAAUAUAAAAGAGAUCGCAGAAAACUUUUGUAAGUUUGCAUGCAAUGCACACACAAUCUGUGAUAGUGAACUGAAACCCCUUGGAACUGGGAUCUAUCCUGUAAUUUCUAUGAUCAAUCACAGUUGUGCGCCCAAUUCUGUUUUAGUGUUUGAGGGACGAUUGGCAGUGGUGCGUGCUCUGCAGGAUAUAAAGAAAGGUACUGAGGUAUGCAUAAGCUACAUAGAAACUGCGGGAAGCACUACAACACGACAAAAGGCCCUGAAAGAGCAAUACUUCUUCUCCUGCAACUGCCUUCGCUGCGAAAAAAUGGGACAAAUUGAUGAUAUCCAAGAAAGUGCAGUUCUGGAAGGCUAUAGAUGCAAAGAUGGUGGGUGUAAAGGUAUCCUGCUCCGUGACUCUGAGGAUAAGGGAUUCAUUUGUCAACAAUGUGGACUACAUAGGGAGAAGGAAGAAGUAAAGAGCAUUGUGAUUGAGAUCAAAUCAUUGUUGGACAGAGCUUCAUUGUCACUUUCAUCUGGGCACCAGAAAGAUGCUAUUGUGAUAUAUAAGAUGAUUGAGGAGCUUGAAUUGAAGCUUUACCAUCCUUUGUCACUUAAUCUAAUGCGUACCCGAGAAAAUAUUUUAAAGAUAUUUAUGGAGCUGCAAGAUUGGAAGGCAGCCCUGUCGUAUUGCAGAUUGACUCUUCCAGUUUAUCAGAGAGUAUAUCAAGGAAUCCAUCCUUUGCUGGGACUCCAGUAUUAUACUUGUGGGAAACUUGAAUGGUGGCUUGGAGAGUCUGAGGAAGCCUUCAAGUCACUGACUAGGGCAAUGGAUAUAUUGCAAAUCACUCACGGCACAAAAACGGCUUUCAUGAAGGAGCUCUCGUUCAAGCUGGAAGAAGCACGCGCCGAGAUUUCUUACAAGCUUUCAACAAUGAGUGACUAAAGAAGGGGGGGAACGAAACAUAUCAGGUUUGUGUUUUUACUAAUGUUUUUUUUGUUGGCAUGCUUUUGUUAUUGCAAGUUGAACAUGAAGAUCUAUUUUGCACUUUUAGGAGUACCAAACAUGAUAUAUUAUCAUAACAUGGAUUGAGAUUCUGUUCU